CCCAUGUGAGCGCAGCUGAUUGCGAUAGUGAGUCUUCCUGCAUUUUUGCCACAGAUAAGAGCUUUAAGAGGACGGCAGGUCCUCAAUCGUACCAGAAAUAGCAUUUUCAAGUGCCUGAGUGUGUGAUCAGUGCGUAAUCUGUGAUAAACCAGCUCUGCAAGAGGUUGUUUUCCCCGUGAGAAAAUCUGUGCAAACUUGUGUGUCAAAAGUCAAGUGUGGCCGCGCCAUUACGUAAUAUUUGUGCAAAUUUGCGACAGGAAGACAGCGAAAAAUGCUUCAUUUUGGCCAGUCAAUGAGGAGGUGGUUCUCCACGGCUGCCCAGAAGAUCGCCACGCAACCCAUCAAUAAGAUCCUCAUCGCAAAUCGCGGCGAGAUCGCGUGUCGAGUGGUGAGGACAGCGCGAAGACUCGGCGUCCAGACGGUGGCGGUGUAUUCUGACGCCGAUGCCAAUUCCCUGCACGUCCAGGUGGCGGACGAGGCUUACCACAUUGGGCCUCCGGCUUCGCAGCAAUCCUAUCUGCGGGCAGAUAAGAUAAUACAGGUGGCGAAGGCCGCCAAAUGCCAGGCCAUUCAUCCGGGCUACGGCUUCUUGUCGGAGAGCGUGGAGUUCUCUGACAUGUGCCAGCGCGAGGGGAUCAUCUUCAUGGGCCCACCGGCGUCGGCCAUCCGCGACAUGGGCAUCAAGAGCACGUCGAAGCACAUCAUGGCCGAGGCAGGAGUGCCGAUCAUCAACGGCUAUCACGGUGAGGAUCAGUCGGAUGAGAAGCUGAUUGCCGAGGCGCGCAAGAUUGGCUUCCCGCUGAUGAUCAAAGCGGUGCGCGGGGGCGGAGGAAAGGGCAUGAGAAUCGCCGAGAGCGAGGCUGACUUCCUCACGCAGCUCAAUUCGGCUCGCACGGAGUCCGAGAAGGCUUUUGGCGACAGUUCGAUGCUCCUGGAGAGAUUCGUGCGCUCGCCAAGGCACGUCGAGGUGCAGAUCUUCGCCGAUAAGUACGGCGAUGCGGUGUAUCUGUUCGAGAGGGAUUGCUCUGUGCAGCGCCGCCACCAGAAGAUCAUCGAGGAGGCUCCAGCGCCUGGACUGUCGGAGCAGCUGCGCACAGAACUGGGCGAGGCAGCCGUGAGGGCGGCCAAGGCGGUGGGCUACGUCGGCGCAGGCACGGUGGAGUUCAUUCUGGACAAGGAGGAUCUCUCCUUCCACUUCAUGGAGAUGAACACGCGCCUCCAGGUUGAGCAUCCCAUCACUGAGAUGAUCACGGGAACGGACUUGGUGGAGUGGCAGAUCCGCAUCGCGUCGGGAGAGCCUCUACCAGUGACACAGGAGCAGAUAAAGCGUCGUGGACACGCUUUCGAGGCGAGAAUAUACGCUGAGAAUCCUCGUGGAGGAUUCUUACCGGGCGCAGGACCGUUGGAUCACCUCUCCACGCCAGUUCCUGAUCAGAACGUGAGGGUGGAGACUGGCGUGCGUCAGGGCGACGAAGUGUCCAUCCACUACGAUCCCAUGAUCGCGAAAUUAGUGGUCUGGGGAGAAAACAGAACUCAAGCUCUGGACAGCUUGAUUGCCAGGCUGAGAGAUUAUCAUAUCACCGGACUAGAAACGAAUGUGAACUUCUUGCUGGAUCUGGCCAAUCAUCCCUUCUUCCGCGCUGCAGACGUUCACACAGGCUUCAUUCCUCAGCAUUUCGACACUCUCUUCCCACCUCUUGUUGUCUCCGACUCUCUCCUCAUCCAGGCGGCAGUGGCAGUGGUUGUGAAUGAGCUGAACGCCGCCCAGGCCAAUGGUGUGGCUUCUGGAGGAUUCUCGAAUCAGUUCAACGAUGCCAAUAACUUCCGUCUCAAUCACGUCGCCGUGCGAGAAAUCAAGUUCAAGAGCGGCGACAAGGUGAACAGCGUUGAGGUGACCAGCAGCGAUGGUCAACUGAAGGCCAGGGUGAAUCAGGGCGAGUGGAGGAGCGUGCAGUGGAAACCACUGCCAGAUGCCAGCAGAUUCAGUCUUCGGUGCACAAUUGAUGGAGUUUUCGGGAAUUUCAGCGCUGUCAUUUCACCUCAGGAAGUUGCCAUCUUCACAGACGCCGGCAAGACGGAACUGGAAGUGAUUCCGCCGAAGUUCCUCAGCAUCGCUGGCGAGGGAGGAGCUUCUGCGCACAACCAAGUGGUAUCGCCAAUGCCCGGAGUGCUGGACAAGGUGUUCGUGAAGGCGGGCGAUAAGGUGAAGUCCGGCGAUCCUCUGGCUGUGAUAAUCGCCAUGAAGAUGGAGCACAUGCUGAAGGCGCCAAGGGAUGCGGUUGUGAAGAGUGUGGGCGGCCAGCCGGGACAGAACAUGGCCAAGGGAGCCGUCAUUGUGGCCUUUGAGAGUGAAGAAGAGGAGGCGAAGUGAGGACUUGAGUAGAGAUUUCUUGCUAUUUACACCAGAAUUGCAUUUAUUCCAAGUACAAACACUUUGGUGUACAUAUUGACCAAAUAAAGCAACCGAAUGUGACAUAGGAAUGACACAGAAAUGGAUCUGGGCAGUUCCUGGAGGAAUUCUCCUCCGGAUGAUCCCUAAUUUGUCAGUUGUGAUUCAAAUCUCACGAUUUCGAUGUUUUUUUAUACAUCGAGGAAAACACUUCAAUAUCAUUUAAAGCAAUUUUGAUAUGAAAUAUUAAUAAAUCUUACUUG